GACAGGUAGCGGCAGUAAAGUGACGGCGCUACGAGGCGCCCACACCCACAGUUGGUCACGGCGGGACGAGCAACGCGCGCGGGUCUAUUCUCACUUCGCGCCAUUUUCACAUUUUCCACAUUCGAACUUUUUAAAUCUUAAGUACUUUAGAUUUUUUCCUUUUUAACACAUGGAGCUUUUAUUAUCUACUUUUUAAACACGUUCGGAUACUUUUUUGGCAUUGGCUGGAAAUGCUAUGUGAAUUUUCUUUCUUUUUUAAUAAUAAUCAUAUUUUUUUAAAUAUAACAAUAUUCUCGGCAUGCGACAGAUUGUAGUAUUCGGAUUUUAUUUCUAAUAAAUUAAAUUAAAAUGAGGUUACGGACUAGAGUGACUUUUCAAACCGAAGGUUAUAAUUAAAAAGUUUUCUAAAAAGUAAGUUUUUAAACUACACGUAGAAAGUGGGUACUUUAAUAACGGUUUAGUGCGUGAAGAACGAUAAACAUGGCAGUUAAAUCUAACUUUAUGACGACUAUGUGCAGUUACAAGGACAUAAUUGUUAUUGUAAUGUUGUCAUUACUGUGUUGUGGAGAUCAAACCCUGGCUGUAGAAGAAGUUGCAGUGAAUCUACCAGCGUCGGUAAACCAGACAUACGAAUUGGCUAACGACGUUUGCAGCGAGUUCUAUUCGGCGGAAGAAGUGCAGAGCUGUAUCGAGAAAUUUUCAAGUGUCGAGAGGAACUUCACAUUCCCCCCUCCAGAAUUGCAGUACAUAUGUCGCAACCACCGACAAGUGCUUUACAAAGUGGCUGCUCUGAAAGUCAUGAGGAUGGUGGUUCUAGUCCCUCAAGAUCCCAAUGCAUACAUAGAAGCGAGACUUUACGAAGACAAAUCAGAAGAACCUGUAAAAUUUUCCAUAGACAACAGCUAUAACUAUACAGCAUGGACAACUGUACUACAUAACGAUGCAACGCCGUCCAUGUGGCGUCGAGGGCCUGAUGUGCCCUCUUGGGGGGAGGGUAGCGAGAAAUUUGAAGUGACCUUGGGAAGCUCACAUUUCAACAUUAGCCCUAACAAACAGCGUAAACUGGACGCUACCUUUCAACUUAAUCUUGUUGGUGAUUUAAAUUCGUGUUCUGUUAUCGACAUCAUGCAUGUGUGUCGCUCAUCGAUUCUUGGUGAUUUCUUCUCAACCACGGUAAAGGCAAAACCAAACUUAACAAUAACGAUAGAAGACAUUCCUAUUCACGACAACUGCACUCUUGACGUGCGUGGGAGCGCAGACAAUGUUCUACUGAAGACGACCUACCAGACGUCUUUCGACAGUCCACAACCGAACCUGAAAGCCGACGACCAACAUCUGUCUGUACUGAGCCAACAACUACCCAUACCUGUGCCUGAGGCAGCCAAGAACGUGUCGUUAGCAGCAGAGCCCACCGCCAAUGGAUGGGACAUCCUCGUCAGCUGGGCACCACCCAAACGCCAACCAGAUACCUACAACCUGACACUGCGGGCUCCGGGCAUUCUGCGAUCGGUUAUUUUACCUGGGAAUACAACACAGCACACGUUUCGCGACGUUGCCGGCGAUGCGCAUGCUCUAUACAAUGUGUCAGUAGCCGCCACCAACCCAAGCGGCAAAUCCUACAACACCGGAAGAGCAUUUUUCCCAGAACGGCGGAACUACCAAGCGGUGAUCAUAACAGGCUCUUGGAGUAUUGUCCUGACGCUGGCUAUCAUCAUCAUUGGAGGCAUCAUCUGGUGGCGAAGACGGAAAGCCUCCGAGCUAAGACAUCUUUAUUUCCAGAGUCCACAACUAAAGUUACCGAAGGAAUGCCUGUCGGAGUCGUGUCCAGAGUCGGGAUUGGAGGACAGUUGGGAACUGCGCUCCGAGAGGCUGCUGCUUCACGAGGUUAUAGGGGAGGGUGCCUUCGGAGUUGUGAGGAAAGGCACCCUGGCUCCCGGCGGGCGCGAAGUCGCGGUUAAGAUGUUGAAAGACUACCCCACCCUGGAGGAGAUUAGAUCGUUCAGAGCAGAGAUGGAGCUGAUGAAGAGUGUAGGGGUUCACCCGCACAUAGUGAGCCUGGUCGGGUGUUGCAGUGGACGACGACCGCUGAUCGUUGCUGAGUAUUGCAGUCGAGGAGACCUGCUUAGUUUCUUAAGGUGUUCCUGGGACGUAAUGGUGUCCAAACGCAACGGUAAAUACUACAACAACAAUCUAGAAGGUUCCGAGUACAGGAACGAUCUGUUCAAGAAGCCUCAGAGAGACUCCAAACUGACACCUCUCGUCGUCAACAAAUUGUACGAUUUACAAGGAAUUUGUGAUUCGGACCUCAGCCCUUUGGAUUUACUAUCGUUUUGUAGGCAAAUUGCUAUGGGAAUGGAGUUUUUGGCAUUAAACAGAGUGGUCCACAGAGACUUGGCAGCAAGGAAUAUUCUAGUAACAGGCGACAGAACGCUGAAGAUAGCAGACUUCGGUCUAUCAAGGGAUGUGUACCAGGAGAAUCAAUAUAAACAGAAAGGAAAUGGAAAGAUGCCCGUGAAAUGGAUGGCCUUGGAGUCGCUUACACAUAGGAUAUAUACUACUCAGAGUGAUGUCUGGUCGUUCGGCGUGGUGGUAUGGGAGGUAGUGACGGUAGGGGGAGCUCCAUACCCUGAAGUGCCAGCCGCAAGGCUCCCCAGACUGCUCAAGGCCGGAUACCGCAUGCCAAGACCAAACAACUGCAGUAAACAACUCUACGAUCUAAUGAUGUCUUGUUGGCGCGCCCGCCCGCGUGAGAGGCCGACGUUCGCUGAACUGCAUCACAAGCUGGAUGAACUCCUCAACAACGCAUGCGCCGACGAAUACUUAUCUCUGGAACUGGACGACGACCCACCCCCUACGCCCAAGCCGCAGAGAUAUAUCAAGAUGAUUCUUAGGGGUAACAGAGUAUGGGCGCGCGGCGAGAGUUACGAGCGACCGCUGAAAGGGCCGCAGUCGAACCACUACACGUCACCGCCGGCUCCGCUCGCCAAACCUCAACCAGUUUGACACACGUGAUUUCAGCAUUGUGCGUGCUGAUUUGUAUCUCUCUCUUUAUUUAAGAGCUGCGCUCUUGUCGGUGGAGUAAUCGCCAUUCCUCUCUUCUUCCCGUCAAAUCCCGUCUUCCCAAAAAAUACAUCACCCGUCACUCUCUCACAGUACUGCACAGAAAGAGACAGACGAUCUCUGUCGCGGCGAGAAGUGUCGUGUGCUUACGGUGCUAGGUCCGCUGCGCCUUUUCUUUUUAUUUGAUUCAUAAAUGUUCUCCUAGGUCUAUCCCUUCCUCUAAUGAUGUGUAUACGUGAGGAUACUUUAAAUACAACGCAAACGCGAUUGCAAAUCGUUCCAAAGGACAUGCACCUUAUUGAGAUAGACGUAAAUUAUUAUCUGUGAUUUGGACUGGCGUUAUGAGACGAGAAUGCAGGCUUUUUCUAUCGUGUGGGUUGUGAGGUGAAUUACCAACCUCAUCAACCAGAAUGCAGAAAUGCGGUAUGCGGUGGAAAUUAUGCUUACGCGAGAGCAGAAAACACCGCGUUACCGUGUUUCGGAUGUCGGAUCUCGGUCGGACAUUACAGGUCGGAUUAUCCGAAAGACAGAUGAUCAGUGCUUCAGAAUGCACGUUAAUCCGAAGGAAGCCAUUGGUCCCGGUUACUACUUAUGUAAGAAUGGAGUCAUUACUUGAGUCAUGUCAGGGGCCUUUGGCGGCGCUAUGAUAACCCUCACACCAAGGUUUUUGAGGCUGGUAAUCCACCUGAUAACCCACACUACAAGAAAACUCAAUUGGGAAUUCAAUUACAAUGAAUUAAAAAUGUCACAAAUAAUCGAAAACUAUCCAAUUAGCAAUACUGACAAAUUCAUUAAUAUUUAAAUUAACUUUUAGAACUUAAUUUUUAGCGUUUUUAAUUGAUUUAAUAUGUAAUUUCUGUCAAGUAAUAAAGUCCGUUUUACUAGUUCAUACUAUGGCCCAACAAACGAAACUUGAUUCAAAUGGAAUAUCUUUUAUUUCUCUUUCUUAUUCUUACUAAGGUGUACACUCUUAGUGCGAAAGAGACGAGAGAUAAGUCUCUUUCGUAAGCGAUGUACUAGAUAUCUGUCCUGAUGUAAUAGGGUAGUUUCCAAUCAAAUCAGUUACUUUUUACUGAACGUCAAAAGACGAACUAUGAAAUUUGUAUGAAAAAGCAACCUGUGACGUCAUAAUAUGACGUCGAAAAUGUCGCAAUUAUUAUUACAUUUUUCUUUAUUUCAUAAAUAAGUUAAAUAGAAAAAAGAAUUUUUUUUUGUCAGUUUAAGAUCUGUCUUUAUUUAGUUAUCAGAAUUUCAUAAUUUAUCUUUGACCUAGGAAACUACCCAAUUCUAAUCAUGUUACGUUUGUUGGAUCAUAGUCCAUUAAGUUUUUUAGGUUUUUACAGAAAGUCUCUUGUGGCACGCGACUCUUUCUCGCCGCGACAGAGAUCACCUGUCUCUUUCUGUACAGUACUGUGAGAGAGUGACGGGUGACGUAUGUCGAGGCGAGAAAGAGUCGCACGCUUAUGGUGCUAAGCCGGCUGGCGUGUGUAGUAUGUCGAGCCACCGAGCCAUUAUUCCAAUGAUCUCGAAUAAGUGAUACAAGUGAAUAAUAGUAUGUUGUAAGUAAAUGAAAAUGGAGUAAGGCUAAUAAACAAUUAGAUAAAAUCUCGCCUUCAAAAGGUAAAGUACCUGUAUUGUAUUUUAAGAUAUCUUUAAGUAGGUGAAAUAAAUCUAUUGACCAACAGGGUAGUUUCUAACUAGUCAAAUCAGUUACUUUUUACUAAACGUCAAAACACGAAAUCACUAUGGAUUUUUUGUAUGAAGAAGCCACAAUGACGUCAUUCAUAGAAAAACGUAAUAAAAUGUCCCAUUUAUUAUAAUAUUUUUUUAAUUAAAAUACAUAAUUAAGUUGAAUACAGAAAAGAAAACGUUUUUUGACAACUUUAGACCUGUCUUUAUUUAUAAUCAGAAUUUCAUGAUUUAUCUUUGACCUACGAAACUACCCAAUUGUUGGGAUACCUGUAAAAUUUAAAAACGGACCCACUAAAAUAAUAAAUAAUGUCUUGUAAAUUACGCGAAUGGCUAUUUGCUAACAGUUUUUAUAGUAUUAGUGAUUUUUUUGAAUUCAUGGUAUUUGCAUGCUAAUAAUAAUUAGCAGGAUAGAGAUUCUGUAACACUGACUUAUACCAUAUUGUGAACCUAACCUAACCCAUCCUGAGCGAAUAAAUUAUUUCUGAUUUGUUAGUUCGUCCCGGGUUCGAAUCCCGAUUGGAACAUACUAAAAAACACUUUUGAGCCCUGGCUUAGUAAGGACAUUACAGGCUGAUCACCCGAU